AUGGAACAACCGGCCCUUAAUAUAGAAAUUGAAAAUAUUAGAAAUAUUGAGCUAAAUGAAAUUGACGAUAUCGAUUUUAAUAAUGAUGAAAAUAUUGUGCGUGUACCAAAAAGAUAUAUUAGAGAUUGGCUCAAUCCAUUUGAAUUUUAUAAUAAUCGAGAAUUUAAAAGGCGUUUUAGAUUCAAUAAAGAAUCUGUAUUGCAUGGAAUUUUACCUAACAUCGAAGAAAGACUUGCAAAGAUUAAUAACCGCGGCCUUCCUGUACCUCCGGUAUUCCAACUAUUAAUUUGUCUACGGUUUUAUGCUACAGGCAGUUUUCAGCAAGUACUUGGAGAUACUGUAAUUGUCUCACAGCCAACUGUGUCAAGAAUAGUAUUCCGAGUGUCCGUACUUUUAGCAAGUCUCUUUCAUGAAUAUAUAAAGAUGCCUUCUACACCAGAUGCUAUAAGAGAAAAUCAAAGACUUUUUAGAGAAAUUGGACGUCGUGAUGGAGGUAUUGGUUUACCUGGCAUUGAUGGAGCUAUCGACUGUACACAUGUACGUUUAACUAGUACCAGAUUUCAGAAUAUCGACGAAGUUUACAGAAAUCGAAAAGGAUACAUGUCAUUAAAUGUACAGGCUGUGGUUGGACCUAGAACAGAGUUUUUGGACGUUGUUCCAGAAUGGCCUGGUAGCCAACAUGAUAGUAGAAUAUUUCAGAAUUCCAGAAUAUAUAUGAGAUAUGUCCAUCGUGAAUUAUCAGGUACUCUAGUUGGAGACGCUGGAUAUCCUUGUCUACCCUUCCUUCUUACUCCUCUUCAAAAUCCGCAAACAGACGAAGAAAUUGAGUGA